AUGCUUUGGCGAUAUUUGUGCUAUGGAAUCCAGGUGUUCUUAUUUAUUGAGGUUGCGGGGUACAUCAACUACACGGGCAAGUACUGGAUUGUUCGACAGGAUCUCACCGCUUCUACCAAUUUUGGAUACGAGACGGUCCAAAAUUGCAUCAACUUGGGGAGUUCAUGUGCUGGAUUUUCUGGAGUAGUUGAAUCGACUUGUCAUCAACUGACGAACGCGGCCGUCGACUAUACCAUCAAUGGCACAAAAUUCUACAACCUACAAACAAAUUGUACCUCCGCAUCGAGCUGUGCCACGAUGUGCGACAACAUGGGGCUCUCGGAAAUUUCGAUCCACUCGGCGACUGAAAAUGCGGCAAUUAGGGGAAAC